AUGCAACACUACAAUCCACUUAGAUCGUUGGGACAUAGAAAAGAAGAAAGGUGCAUUGACAUUGCUCGAAACUUUGUUAAUAUUGUUGAAGGGUGGCUAGAAUAUAUAAGACCUCAAGCACGAGUGUUCAUAGAAACUAAAAAAAAACCAACACUUGUGAAGCAAAAGGAAGGGCCCCCGACACUUGUACAAAAAGAUUUGACUCCAACUGAAGAACUCACUCUCAAAUGGAUUAUGCAAAAUCCAUUGCAGUUUCCAUUUGAGGAUGACAUGGAAUGUGCUCAACAAAGUGCAUCUUCAUUGGAUUGCGGCAUGUUCGUCAUGUUCUAUAUGGAUAAAAUAGCACAAGGACAGCCCUUUCCAAAAAGCGUGGACAAGAAAUUCAUGAAUGAAUAUCGAGCACAAUAUGUCACAAAACUCCUACACCACAAAAACUGUGUAAUUAAUCGUCUCUAGUGAUUUGCCUUUCGUUAACUCAAGACAAUAUGUAUCUUAAUUCUUGUGGAUGUUUGUAAAUAUUUCUAGUUAUGGUAUAUGAGAACAUAUUUCCUAUA